UGUAUGUCAUUAGGUGGUGUUAUGUUUUAAGUAGUAAUGAAUAAUGAUUAUGCAAAUUUUAUUGACCAUAUAUUUGUUUCUAUUCAGGACAUGUUUAUUGCAGGUACAGACACCAUAUCCACUUUGCUAGAGUGGUCAAUGACAGAACUCUUACGGCAUCCAAAUAUCAUGAAAAAAUUGCAAGAAGAAGUAAAGAGAGUGGCUAAUGGUAGAACACACAUAACUGAAGAAGAUUUAAGUCACAUGAAAUACUUAAAUGCAGUAGUUAAAGAAACCCUACGUUUACAUCCCUCAAUUCCAUUACUAGUACCAAGAGAAAGCAGACAAGAUAUCAAACUAAAUGGACACCACAUCAAAGCUGGCACACGAGUUUUUAUCAAUGCUUGGGCCAUUGCAAGAGAUCCUACACAUUGGGAUCAACCUGAAGAGUUCAAGCCAGAGAGAUUCUUGAAUUGUUCAAUAGAUGUUAAAGGAAAAGAUUUCCAGGUGAUUCCAUUUGGAGCUGGCAGAAGGGGUUGUCCUGGGGCAGUUUAUGCUACGGCUGUCAAUGAUCUUGUGUUGGCAAACCUUGUACAUCAAUUUAACUGGGAAUUACCUGGUGCUGCUGAAGGAUUGGACAUGUCUGAAUCGUUUGGCUUCACAGUGCAUAGAAAGAUUCCUCUUAUGGCAAUUGCAACCCCUAACAAGAACUAAAUGAGGGAGUAGGGGAAAAUUAUGGAACUGUUUUGUUAUACUAAUAAUGACAAAUAUAAGUAAAAUAAGUUGUUGUAGUAGUAAUAAUGAUAAAAAAUAUGUGAAAUAAUAAGUUGUUUUGUACCAAUAAUGAGACUUUUUUUGUUACUUUUGUACUCAUGUGUCUUUUGAGGUGGCGUUUGGUAUGCACAAAGAAAGAAUUUGUGCACCAUGCACAACUUAUGCAUUUAAAAGCUGAAAUCAAAUAUGAGCCAUUAAUUUAUUAUUAUUAUAUUCCAACGGUCCAGAUCUGUCACUAAAAAGGAAUUGGUGACCUGCUGCAGAUUUUGUGAAUGGUGUUCUGAGGACCCCACAGUUUGAAUAAAAGAUGAUAUUUUAUUCCUUUUUUUGGUGA